GACGAAAAUGACCAUCAGUCGCCUUUUGCAUAGUGUUUGACGUCUAGACACCAAUUCCUAAUCUCCUGGAAAAUGAGGAUCGCUAUUUGCUUCAUGAUUUUCGGUUUCGUAGCCGUACUUCACGCAUCUGCUAUUAAAGAAGCUGAAUCUUCUGACGAGUCUAAAAUUGACGAACAAGCACGUGAAAAACGUGGAUUUGCGAGCGGCGGAGGUGGAUAUGGGGGUGGAGGCGGAGGAUAUGGAGGAGGAGCCGGAGGAGGAGCUGGUGGAUACGGGGUCGGUUAUGGUGGAGCGGCUGCUAUCGCUCAGGAAGCCGCAAAUGCCGCAAAAGCUGCCCAGAAUGCCCAAGCCGGAGCUGCAUCUCAGGCCGCCCAACAAGCGCAAGCGACUCUCGCCGCCCAGGCCGUCCAGGCUGCCCAACAGGCCCAGGCCGUAGUUGCAGCUAAACAAGCCCAGGCUGCCCAGAUUUCACAGGCCGCUCAAGCCGCACAAGCCGCCGCAUUUGCCGAAUCUGCCCAGGCUGCCCAGGCUGCUCAGGCCGUUCAGGCUGCCGAAGCCACCAAAGUCCAGGCUUUGCAACAGGCUCAAGCUCUGGCCGGUGCUGCCAAGGCCGCCCAGUCUCACGCUGCCCAGGCUGUCGCUUCCCUUCAGGCCGCCCAGGCACAACAGGCGUCUCAGGCACAGAUGGCGUAUCAAGCCCAAUCGAACGCCCAGGCAUUGGCUUACAAGCAACAGGCUUCACUGGCCGAUCUUGCCGCUGCCCAGCAAGCGGCCAACAAGGCCUAUUCCGCCGCCCAGGCCGCUCAAGCCACAGCUGUUGGUGGUGGCGGUUCUUAUGGUGGAUUCGGCGGUGGAUAUGGUGGUGGCCAUGGAGGAUGUCCUGGUUGUUAACACUUUUAUAAUUAAAAGGAAAUGCUUUACCACGACACAAGUUUUACCAAUAAUUUGAGAUAGCUGUGAGAUUUCUGUCUGGUUACGGAUUCAAUUUUGUUAUCUUUUUAUGGCGACUGUUGGCAACGAUUUCGUCCUUUGUACUUUCCUUCUUCACUUUAAUGUAGACCGUCGAGAUGUCUUAGAUGUCACCCAAGAGGUGAAAAAAAUAAUAAAGAAUAUAACGAGGAA